AUGUCCUCCUCCGGUGAUGCGCAGCAAAAGAGAAACGAACAACGAGGACAAGAACAACAAAAUCAGCGUUAUUACGCAUAUAAACUCGGUCUGACCGGAUCGAUUGGCUCUGGGAAAUCCACCGUCGCGAAAAUGUUCAAAGAACAGUUACAAGUCCCAGUGUUUGACUCGGAUGCGGCGGUGCACGAGUUAUACGAAGAAGGCGAAGCGGUGACGAAGAUACGAGCGAUAUUCGGCGACGACGUUGUGGAUUCGGAAACGAAGAGUUCAAUCGAUCGGAAACGGUUAGGGGAGAAAGUCGUCGGCGUACCCGAGGAGAUGGCAAAGCUGGAAGCUAUCGUGCACCCGCUGGUGGAGGAGAAGCGGAGACGGUUCGUCGAGGAGUGCGUUCGUUCGAGGAGGAGGAAAGAGGAGGAGGAGACGAGCGCAGAAGACGCCGCCGACGAAACGGACGUGUUGGUGUUCGACGUGCCUUUGCUCUUCGAGAAGCAGUUGGAGAAUACCGUGGAUGGGAUUUUAGUCGUUUCGUGUUCGUCGGAGACGCAAAGGGAGAGAGUGAUGAAUCGAACGGUUGGCGCGAGGAUGAGUUUGGAGAAGUUUGAGAAGAUUCGGGAGAUGCAAAUGCCGGACGAGGAGAAGAGGAAGAGAGCGACGUGGGUAGUGGAUACCGAGAAGUCGUUGGAGGAGACGGAGAGAGAUAUCGAACGCAUCGUAGAUGAGAUUAGGAGUAGUAAGAGAGGAAGCGGGCGGUAA